GGCAGCGAUGGCCGCGCCCCGGGCGGCGCCGGCGCCGGCCGCGAGUCAGCUGUGGAGGCGACUCUGGAGGCACCCCGCCUGCGCCAGCGGCCUGCUGGCGGUGCUGUGCUACAUCAACACGCUGCAGGCAGACUUUGUCUACGAUGACACACGCGCGAUCGUCACAAACGGCGACGUGCGCGGCACUACCCCGCUGACCGCCCUGCUGCGGCACGACUUCUGGGGCACGCCGCUCGAGCACGCCGGCUCUCACGGCUCGUACCGGCCGCUGACCGUGCUCACGUUCCGCGUGACGCACGCGCUGGUGGGCCUGCGGCCGGUCGCCUACCACGCCACCAACGUGCUGUUGCACGCGGCGUGCAGCGCGCUGGUAGCCGAGACGGCCGCCGGGCUGUCGGCCGGCCGGCGCGCGGCGCUCCUCUCCGGCGCCCUGUUCGCCGUCCACCCGGUACAUGCCGAGGCAGUGGCCGGUCUGGUGGGCCGCGCAGACCUGCUGGCGCUCCUCUUCACCCUCUGCUCGCUGCUCAGCUACGCACGGCAGGCGCGGGCCCGGCGCGCGGCCGGCGGCUGGGGCUCCCCCGAGCGGCGGUGGCUGGCCGCCGCGCUCGGCUCUGCCGUGCUGGCCGUGCUCUGUAAGGAGCAGGGUAUCGCGGCGCUGCCCCUCUGUCUGCUGUACGACGUCUGGGUGAACAGCAGGAUCAGCCUGACGGCGCUCAUCACCAGCAGAUUGCAGGUACGGAGCGGGCGGGUGCAGUGGUCAAGGGAGGGGGUCGACUGA